GACACCCCCUUGCCAUCUAACUUCACUGCCAAGUUGAGGUCCUCCUAUACAGCCAUGGCAGAACCAUCGCGGCCUACUAUCAGUGUUCAGACAAAGUACAUUCCAGCGUCUGAUCCCUCUUUGCCUGCUUUAGCUUUGCGCACAACUGUUCUCGUGGAUUCUUACAUGCUCUGGAUUGGCACCACUGAAGGAUCACCUGAAGAUGCGCAGACAGCGCCUUUACAAGGGACUCUUGCCAGAGACUGGGCUUGUGCUAUGCCCGCUCCCAAUGGCUCUCCGUCGUUGGGACCUGCGACAUCUCUGUUUCGUUCAUCUAGUUCUGACAUUGCACUGUCGAUGGCACAGCGUCUAGCCCGGCGAUUCGGGAAACAAAUAUUUUUAUCGGUUGAUAUACCAUCGAGCUUUCUGUCAAUGGGGCAAGGACGGCUACUUCUCGACGCAGAGAAGGGGAUUGUUGAAACGCUGAAGGCUGUGGAGUCGAUAUCUUGAUAGAUGGCAGGUUUGGAGCGAAUGGCACGGUAAAGAGCACGACAUCAGGACCAAGCACCUGUAUGCGAUGCAUAUGGGGGUUUCUGUAAGCCUUCGUGGAUCAUUUCCAACCACAUGAUGGGUGAAGAAUAGAUGCGGAGCUCAUUGGCAACCGGGUUUGUUCUCCGCUCGAUGUAAAACCUUGACUGGAGAGAGGGCGAUGUCUCAGAUGAAUAGAGCGAGCUCCUAAGAUGAUAAUAGAUUAGCUGAUGCAUAAGAG